GCCCCAGGACAGGAAGGUGAAGUUCUGACUUCCGGAAUCUAUCCAGCGUCUGCGGUCAGGUGUUGUGUCGACUGGUGGGGUUUUAGUGCCUUUGCUUAUUAUGGCAGCUGCCGUCGCCAUGGAGACAGAUGAUGCUGGAAAUAGACUUCGGUUUCAGCUGGAGUUGGAAUUUGUGCAGUGUUUAGCCAACCCAAAUUACCUUAAUUUUCUCGCUCAAAGAGGUUACUUCAAAGACAAAGCUUUUGUCAAUUAUCUAAAAUACUUGCUUUACUGGAAAGAACCAGAAUAUGCCAAGUAUCUAAAGUAUCCUCAGUGUUUACACAUGUUAGAACUGCUCCAAUAUGAACACUUCCGCAAGGAGCUGGUCAAUGCUCAGUGUGCGAAAUUUAUCGAUGAACAGCAAAUUCUGCACUGGCAGCACUAUUCCCGGAAGCGGAUGCGCCUUCAGCAAGCCCUGGCAGAGCAGCAACAGCAAAAUAACACAUCAGGAAAAUGAAAAUGAGAUACAGAGCAGGCUCUCUGAAGACAUGUACAUAAUGUAUUUCUUUUGUACAGUAAAGACAAAAGUCUCUUUCUAUCUACCCUUAUUAUGGUAGCACCUAGACCCUUUAGUGUGCUGUCUAACCCAACUAACUUUAUUGUUAAUAGAUUAUUUCUGUUAAAUGAAAAUUGUUCUACUUUUGAGCUCCCUGUGGAUUUGUAAAUUUUCAUUAUUUUUUUUUUUAAACAUAGUCAGCUGAGUAAGAAUGGAAACCUUAGAUGCUUUG